CCAGAGCGUGCGGUUAUAAAGAUCUCCCAGAUACCUCUUCACAUAGUUCCUCUCCAUCACAAGCGAUAUCUUAUCCGAGCCACCAGCUUCUUGCUUCGCUCCUGAUAUUCGUUUAUUAUUUUUUUAUAUCUACUAUAUUGCCAUCCAUUUCUAUUCUUCUUAAUUUUAUUCCUUUAGUACUCUCUUUCAGAGGCUUCUCUCUCCGCGGCCCACGCAGUCGGCAUAAGAACAACGUUACACAGUUUCACUCCAACCAACUCGAUAUUCGGCCGUGUUGCUAAAUCAGUCCAGCUGAUUCAUUCCUGACCAGUGGCAUCAGGCAGCCGAGAGUGUUUGUCAACCAAGGAGGCGAAAGUCCCAGGCGAUGGGGCAUGAGAAUGAAAUUUUGGCCGUCUCCCGAGAUCUUCAAGUCUUUCUGUUCGGAAUCACAUUUCCCGUGGCUUGCGUCGCUUGCAUUCUAGUUCUCGUUCAACGGAUCAGGCGUCGACGACAGGGCAGAUUCGUUCUACCCGAGAAACAAAUGGAUCCGCAGCCUCCUUUGCCCGACAGAUCUGGUGGCAAAGCCCCAGUGGGCCAAGGGGUGCCCUAUCCCAAAGGCUCAUCCCACGAUGUCACCAGAAUGCCCUCGGCCUGUGAUAUCCUGCAGCCUUUGUCUCAGUUGGCUCCUUUGCCCUCGAGUGGCUAUCUCGCCGCCAUGAUAGGCCGAGAGCGGAGUGGCAAGGACAAGCAAUCGUAUCCGGAAGACCAAAGUUCCCAGUCCUCAGCUGCUUAUAUGGCCUCGUUCAGCGCGAGCUCCAGUGAUAGUCGCCCGACUACCUCGCACACCAAUGACAGCUAUCGCUCUGGUUCAUUCUCUGAGGGAUCUGAUGCGUCUCGCCGGGGGUCCGAAGAUCCGCAGCACAUCGCACUCUCACCGACAGGGUGGCGUACAGAAGAGACUCCUGAAGAGUUUGUCGGCCUGUCAGAUCUAGACAGGGCCCAAUCAGUUCAAAAGCGGAGUCAGGUCGUUCAGCAGCUCUACGACGUGGAUGAGGAAGGCGUCCGGACUUGGAGACGACUCAUGGUCGAAUAUCGCUAGAAACAGGUUUUUCCUUUCCUAUUUCCCCCCGGUUUCCCUUUUUUAUUUCCCCUCUUCCGGUUCCUGUUUUCUCUUGUUCUCCCUGAAUGUUUUGUGGCUUCUUUCUGUUCUGCUAUAUACAUCAUUUUCAUUGAAAGUGUCGCUGUAGUCUCGUCUAUACUGGACAUACUUUCAGGCUGCUACGGGGGCGCAGACUCACCACGAAUAACGAUGCCUAAAAUGGGUGGCGGAGUGGUUGUUCUUUUUCUUUUUUUCUGUUUCCGAGACAAGACAUAUAUAUACUAUCAUUUUCUGAGUCACAUUAAUGAUUGACGAGAUUGGUCGCUAAUGAAAUUACGAUGCAACUAGCGAAGAAAGGUUUUCUGGUGGCGAGAUCUGUACAAGCCUUGGCGAGAAGAUCCGUACAAGACAAGCAUAAGCCUCAUCCUUCGCCCGGCGAAACCAACUCCACUCCCGGGUGAGAUGAGAUGAGUCGAUGCAUA